CCUAGUACUGUCAACUGUGUGGCCUGGCCGGGAUGCGGAGACUGGAGCUUGACGAAUAGGUAGUGAUAAGAGGCUGGAGUAAGCCUCUCGUUAAACUGUUAAACGACUUACAUAUUUCGAAUUUGUGGUCUUGUUGAAAGAUUCGAAUUUUCAUUUAUUUAAGGUAAGUGUGCGAUGCCUCGGGGUAACUAUGUGAAUAUGAGAAUAGCUGUACCAACGACGGAUUGUCCUCUCAUGUGUUCCAAAUUAGCAGUGUGCUUGUGACAGCAGCGUCGGAAGAAAUAACAUCGAAUUGAAAUGGCUAGCAACUGCGAUAGAACGUGCUUUUUUCCUUUCAACUUCAAGCAUCGCAAAAAAGUCGAAACGCAGGAUAACUUGUUACAAGAUCAUCAGAAGUUUGUUUCGAAUACUUUCAACGAAGGUCCGAUAGACGCUAGCGUCGAGUUCAUUCAACUGGAGGAAGACUAUCAGUUGAAAAUAUACGGUUAUCGCCGCAGCAAACUCUAUACAGCUCUGUAUUGGACGCUUAUCGCAUUUUCAUUCGGAAUAUUUGGUUUGUUCUGUUACUGGUUCAAUCGUCUACGGUUGUACGCGACUCAUACGAAAUGUCCUUUAGUAUGCGCUACCAGAGUACUGAUCGAAGAAAGAUACAAAGAUCAACAUAAAAGUUUUCACGUCAAGAAAAUCUACAUCUUGAAUUACGAAUCGAUUGUCGAUAACAGCGAAUCGGGCGAAAUGAACGGUUGGGAUUCUCGAGCGACACCGACACCGACACCGACACCGCAUUCGCAGCACGCCGACGACGUGAAAUUUAGCGUUCAUUCCUCCGGAGGUAUAUUUAAAAAAAUGGAAAGAGUGAGAUAUUUCAACUGUCGAAAGUCGCGGUUCAUUUGGGAUUCGGAAGCGUGUCAAUUUUAUAAAUUGAACGGUCUCGACCAAAACGUUGCGACGUCGUAUUUUCAUCAGCAACAAGGACUUUCAUCUUUAGAACAAUAUUUGAGGAGAGCGGUUUACGGCACCAACGAGAUAAUAAUACCGCAACGCGGCGUCGUGACGUUGUUAUUUUUCGAAAUACUCAAUCCGUUUUACGUAUUCCAAUUCUUUUCGUUCGUUAUUUGGUGUUUGGACGACUACGUACUGUACGCUACCGCUAUCAUGAUUAUGACCGUCAUAAGUAUAAUCGGCUCCGGGCUGUCUACGUAUUUCAAUCAACGCGAAUUACACAAGCGAGUAUGCUCGAGCGACGUAGUGCAUAUUAUUCAAGGAAACGAACAAGUUUCCAUUCCUACGGAACAAUUGGUUCCCGGUGAUAUUCUAGUGCUUCCGACUCAAGGAUGUGUGAUGUAUUGCGACGCUGUGUUAUUGAACGGCAGUUGCAUAGCCAACGAAAGCGCCUUAACAGGUGAAAGCGAUCCUGUGAUGAAAACGCCCAUUCCGAAUGCCGGCCAUCCGUACGAAAACAAGGAACACGCUCGGCACACGUUGUACUGCGGAACUGAAAUAUUACAAACGCGAUUUUACGGCAACAAGCACGUCUUGGCCAUGGUCAUUCGCACCGGCUUCUCGACUACGAAAGGCGCCGUUAUGCGUACGCUAUUGUAUCCGGCACCGACCGACUAUAAAUUCGAGAAGCACAGUUACAAGUUCGUCGAGUUUUUAGCGGCCAUCGCCGGAAUAGGCUUUUUAUACACCAUCGUUUCCAAAUCUUUGCGCGGUUUAGCUCCUUUCGUAAUCGCUAUGGAAGCGUUGGACUUGAUCACGGUAGUAGUUCCUCCGGCCUUACCAGCAGCGAUGACAAUCGGAGCGGUUCACGCUCUGCUCAGGUUGAAAAAGCGAAAUAUAUUCUGUAUCAGUCCGCGUUCCAUAAAUGUCUCCGGUUCGGUCAACUGUAUUUGCUUCGACAAGACCGGCACGCUGACGGAAGAAGGUUUAAACAUGUGGGGUGUGAUUCCGACGAGUAAUAGGAAUUUUUGCGGCCCGGUGCAAAAUAUAGCCGCAUUGCCAGCCGACAGCGACUUUUUAUACGCCAUGGUCACCUGUCACACGUUAACUAUCAUUAGAGAAAAAUUAUGCGGCGAUCCUAUGGAUUUAAAGAUUUUCGAAAGUACCGGAUGGCAGUUGGAAGAACCGGCAGCGAAUGACGAUACAAAAUACGAUCUUAUCAUACCUACUAUAGUGAAGCCGGCGGUGAUAAAUAUGAAAAAUGCGGACGAAUUUUCCAAUUCUUCGUUGCAGUUGGGAAAAGAAAUCGGCAUCGUGCGCCAUUUCACGUUCAGUUCCAGUUUACAACGUAUGACCGUCAUCACUCGAGUUUUAGGAGCGUCCAAUUAUAACAUUUACUGCAAAGGCGCUCCCGAAAGCAUUUGCAAUUUAUGCGUUCCAGAAUCAGUUCCCGCAGAUUUUCACGCCGUACUGAAAAACUACACGCGCAAAGGGUAUCGCGUGAUUGCGACAGCUUUUCGCCCGUUACCGUCGUCCGUCAACUACACGAAAAUGCAACGAUUGUCUCGCGAAGAAGUCGAAAGCGAGCUCGUAUUUCUCGGUUUGAUUGUGUUGGAAAAUAAGCUGAAACCGGAAACAACGCCCGUCAUCUCUAAGCUGAAGGAUGCCAAUCUACGUUUGGUCAUCGUUACAGGAGAUAAUCUUUUAACGGCCGUCAGCGUGGCCAGGGACUGCGGCAUAAUAUUGCCCGAACAAGACGUUAUCGCUAUACAAUGCGUCGAGGCGCCCGUACCGCAUAUAUACUAUACGUACGCGGACGUGUCACCGAUAACUUCGUCCAUUAGUUCUCCGGCGUUCAACCACAAACUUAAUUCAGAUGGCGCCAGCACGGACGAAACACAUUUGACCGAAUUGUCUCCAUCAACCAACGUGGCUAGCGACGCUACCAUUAUUCCGUUCGAUUGCGCCGCAAACAUAGUUUGCUCGCCACCGAAGAAUUAUGUGUUCGCGUUGACCGGCGCAAAUUGGAUGUUUUUGAAACAACAUUUUCCCGAACUCAUACCGUACAUAGGUAUAAAAGCCAACAUAUUUUCGCGAAUGAAUCCGGAUCAAAAGCAAAAUCUAGUACGAGAAAUGCAAGCUUUGGGUUACGUAGUAGCCAUGUGCGGAGACGGCGCCAACGACUGCGGCGCUCUCAAAGCAGCUCAUACCGGAAUCUCUUUGAGCAAUAACGAAUCGUCGGCUGCCAGCCCGUUCACGUCCAAAGUGCAAGAUAUUCGCUGUAUUUUGGAUAUAAUAAAGGAAGGAAGAGCGGCGUUGGUGACUUCGUUCGCGCUAUUCAAAUUCAUGGCGUUGUAUUCGUUGACGCAGUUCGUUUCGCUCAUGAUUUUGUACUCGAUCAAUACAAAUUUGACCGACGUCGAGUUUCUGUACAUCGAUCUUUUCAUAAUAGCGUGUUGCGCAUUCUCGCUAGGCCACACGCCACCGUACCAAGGUAAAUUGGCGUCGAAGCCGCCGCCUUCUUCGUUGAUAUCGUUAGCCGCGUUGACCAGUUUGCUAUUACAAACGUCGAUUAUAAUCGCGGUACAAGUGACCAGUUUUCUGGCUGUGCAGCAGUAUAAUUGGUUUACGCCGUAUAACGCGACCAGAGCGGAGGCGGAGGCGGGCGCUGGCGCGGGCGCGGAUGCGAACGAGUCUUCCGAAGCGUCUUACGAGAAUUACGCGGUAUUUAGUAUUUCGGCGUUGCAAUACGUCAUACUGACGAUAGCGUUUCACAAAGGACCGCCGUAUGUCGGAUACAUUUGCUCCAAUUAUAUACUGAUCGUUUGUCUGAUUUCGAUCACGUCCAGCACGCUGUACCUGAUACUGACGCCGGCCGAACGCAUCGUGCAAUUCUUCGAGCUCAAGGUACCGCAGGACGUACACUUUCGUAUCGUCGUCGUGCUUCUCGCAAUGCUCAAUUUGAUACUGUCGUUGGUCGUCGAAAUCGUCGUUUGCGACUACCUGUUGUCGACUGUGUUGAAACAAAGACUGCACGCCGGCUCUAAAUGGAGGAAACUAUACGCUAACGUCGAACACGAGCUGGUUAGUCGUUCGGAUUGGCCUACCGUAUCGUGCGAUGUCGAUUAUGAAAAUGCCAACGCUUCCGAUAACUGCGCCGAUUCGUGUGCGAGGAACGCGUUGUUGUUUCGCGGUUCGCAAACGAUUCCUCGACGAUUGUCGCCGACCAAUUACCGCUGCAUUUCCAGCUCCGUUCCGAAUAUAAACAAGACUACUCGCUCCAACAACGGCGGCAGUGGCACGCUCAGCGAUGUUAAACUCGCCUGCGUUUCCUCGCAAACCACCGUUCAAUCUGAUUACUUUACGCCCAACGAAAACUUGUCCUUCAUAUUCACUUCGUAACGCUAGCAGUUGGCCCACUGGCCGAUCAUCUACCUACCUACCUACCUAUCAUUUUCGUAUCACUAUCACCGUCUCGUCUCGUGAGUAUUUGUUCAGUGUUACCUACUUUUCGUAGGUACAUUACCUACCUAACCUACCCUACCCUAUGUAUUCUUAAAAAAAUGUAUUAUUAAUAAUAUUAUUAUUAUUAUUAUUAUUAUUAUGUAUUAUAGCGUAAUAAUAUAGCGAGUGAUAAUAGAUGAUAAUGAUGAUGAGAUGAUGAUAAUACGAUAAUAGGUAAUAAUUGGAUGUGCAAAAAUGUAUAUCAACACUGUUUACUGUAUACUGGUACGGUUGGUACUGAGAAAGAACUGAUCUAGUCGAUAGGUUCUGCGAAUGUCGACUGUCUGCGGUUUAGUUCGUCCCGGAGAAAUGCUACAGGAUAGGGCUGCUAUCUUCGUUAUUUAUGAAAAAUCGAGCAUAUCGAAGAAGACGCGUUUUCGUCGGCUGUUUAAUCGUUUUUCGAAUGAACUGAGCCGAGCUGUUCAAUUUUUCCCGCCAACGAUGGUCGAAACCUUAUUUCUCAUUUUCGAUCGUUACCAAUCGACAAAUUUAGUACAUUUAACUACUCGAUACUCGCUUCUUUGUCCGACUGUUGGUGUGUUUUGCGUUUGUCCGUUUGCGUUUGCGCCGCGUAACAGAAACCUCGCCGACUAAUUCGUCUAACGUAGAAAAAUUCGAGAAAACGGAAACAAUAAUACGUACAUACGUAAUACCUAUCGCGAGCGCGACCAAUAUUUGCCGCCCCGCCAUGGAUGGCGUUUUGAAGAAUCCAAGAUUACAAGAUCAUCUCUCGACGCGGCGGCAGUGAGUAAGCAAACAUCCGCGCAGGCCGCAGUACACCUACGGGUACUCGUACUUGCGUCGCAUAGCUACUUAGCUACUAGCUAGUGUCGAAACUUUAUUUGAUUUUGUUUUGUUUUGUUUUUGUUCUUUCAGUUUGACGCGUUAAACCGAAUUUAUUUACCGAAAAGCGUUUUCCGUUUUCAUUUCUACUCGUAACAAGUGUUGAUUUUAGUUGAUUUACCGCCGCCGUCCGUUCUAAAUUAAGACGCGCGCGCGCAAAAGCAAUUUCGUGCUGCGAGAUUUCUCGACUGAUCGUUCUCCUCGCCUAUUUAGUACUUACCCGAUGUAGCACCUACUUACCUACCUAGACCUACCUACCUAUUCCUGGCUAGCUAGUAGCUACAUAUUAUGCAGGUACAAUGUACGUAUACGUAACAUACGGGGUGCUGAUUUGAUUUGGUAUACAUUUUAGCUACUCGUAUGUAGCGUAGCGUAGGUAUAGGUAAUGAUAUUUGAGCAUUCGGUUGUUCGAGCCGGAGCCACGAAAUAAUGUUACCUACUUGUACUUGUUGUUAGGUAGGUACUAGGUACAUACAUACAUACAUACUAGGUAGCUAAAAUGUAUCUGCAAUCAAAUCUGCACCAGCUGUAGCGUACGUUGCGUACGUUACGUACGACCACGACCUGUAAAUUAUGGUAGAGUAAAGUAUUUGGUACUUGUCUUAUUGUUAGUACUUGGAUUUACCCUGAUCGAAUACGUAGGCCUAUUCGAGGCGGUCGUCUGUCGUCUUCGUAUUAACUCGUACUUACUCGAAACGAUACCGCCGAUUUACGCGUACUUAUACGUUUACGUUUACUUUCGUUAGGUAAUAAUCGAGUACUGUAUUUUCAUUUUUAUUUUUAUUUUAAUUAUCUACCUACUUGUAUUUUUGUUAUUUUGUAGCUCAACGACGUGCCACAAUAAAUUGUUACUUUUUUUUA